GGUUCACAUAUGUGCGGGAUGUGUUUUGUGCGGGCACGAGAGCCCAUUCAUUUGAAUGGACUCCAGUGCCCCGUGACACGCAGGGAAGAAGUCCCUGCAUUUCUGAAAACGCAGCCGGAACGGGAACCUCGGUUCCCUGUUUGGUUGUGUUUUCCAGUGCGGGUGGCGUGCCAUUAGAACUAAUGGCACCUGCCCGCGGGUCCGCAUUCCUCUGUGCGGGUGGUGCGGAUGCACGGAUUUUCGUGUGGAUCCACAGCAGCACCACCCACACGUAUGUGAACCUAGCCUU